UUUCAAAGGUAUAACGGGGUAGUGGUUUCAUAUAUAUACAGUUAUCUUUCUUAUCGUGACCACAUAGUUAGUAGUUAACACAAACUCUUUCUCUCCUGGCCAACUUAACUCCUUUGCUUCUAUCUAUUUCUAAUUUCCUUUUUUAUUUACUAUAAUCUCUUAUUUUAACUAACUAACAUGAAUCCAGAAUAUGACUACCUCUUUAAACUUCUGUUGAUCGGCGAUUCUGGGGUUGGCAAAUCAUGCUUGCUACUUCGAUUCGCCGAUGAUACAUAUACAGAGAGUUAUAUUAGUACUAUUGGGGUUGAUUUUAAAAUUCGUACUAUUGAUCUUGAAGGCAAAACCGUUAAGUUACAAAUCUGGGAUACUGCUGGACAAGAACGAUUUCGUACAAUCACUUCUUCUUAUUAUCGCGGUGCCCAUGGAAUCAUUGUUGUUUAUGAUGUUACUGAUCAAGAUACUUUUGCAAAUGUAAAGCAAUGGCUUCAGGAAAUUGACCGUUAUGCUUGUGAAGGUGUUAAUAAAUUGUUAGUUGGAAAUAAGAGCGAUUUGACGAAUAAAAAAGUAGUAGAAUAUACAACUGCUAAGGAAUUUGCCGAGCAAUUGAAUAUUCCAUUCUUGGAGACUUCUGCCAAGAAUGCUACGAAUGUCGAACAAGCUUUCUUAACAAUGGCUAAACAAAUUAAAGACAGAAUGGGUACAACAACCGUCUCUCCGGGAACUCAGAAGCAAACCGUUAAAGUUGGUCCAGGUACAUCAGUACCACAACAACAAAGUGGAGGUUGUUGUUAGGUGAUAUUAAAGGGUGGGGUUUUGGUAAGGAAUUGCUGUUAAAUAAUUUGAAUCCGUUAGUUUGUUACAAUUUAUUUGUCGAAUUAUCAUGUAUGCUUUUAGAUUGAGAGUUUAUCACUUCGCAGUGAACAUUAUUAUAUCACUCAAUUUAUUGUAACUCCUUUUUUUUAAUACAUUAUUUAGUUAUUAUAUAUGGUGUGGGUUUUUUCUUUAUAAAGAUCAGAAAAAAAAGUAUUCGAUUUUGUUUAUUUCUUCAAAAAGUACCUUGUAGAUUCUGUUAGAGGGAAUAUAUAUAUUUUUGUAUUUCUGUCCUUAAAAUUCAAGACACACCUCAAAGUAUUGUGAAGAUGUAAUUUGACAUAAUUUUUUAUAUAUAUUUCAUGUUUUUGCUCUUUUUUACAAUAUAAAUAUUUAUGCUAAUUUGAUAAACUAUUGAUAUACA